AUGCUUACCACUAAAGACCAGGUGGUCCGCGAAAUCGCACUUGCUUCCUUGGGAGAGGCAAUCAGAGGACGGAUUAAGCAAGCCCCUACAAGCGACGAGAUAGCGCGGUAUCUGUCGGGUGACUGCACGGGCGUGUUCUUAGGGCCCUCAGGCACGGGCACCUCCGUGUGGUCAUACGCCAGAAAUGCCGCUAGACGACAGAGAGAAAGAUUAAAAGUACGCUGGCGGUGGUGCGAGAAGAAAGGUGAGAUGGCGGUUGAGUGCAAUGGAAAAGGGGGGGCUGGAAAAGGGGGAGGUCUUGUAAUUGUCCCACCCCGUGCAAGAUCCCAGAUCAUCUAUCGCCUCAGAGUGGCAGGGCAGAACUACUAUCUUGACUCUCUUUUGAGCAAGAAAGACCAGGGCAAGGUGUACGCACUUGCUUCAGUUGACAGGGCCUCGAAUCACUUCCUACGAAAUGGAAGUUUUACGAGGUUUGCCGACUGGCGCUUUGUGCACCGCGCAAGGCUGGAUGUUCUGCCGCUCAAUGGAGCGAGAAGAUGGGGUGACCAGCAGGACACGCGCUGUCGCCGAUGUGGAUAUACGAAUGAGACCCUCUCCCACGUUUUAAACAACUGUGGGCCCCACAUGGUCGCAAUUACAAAAAGACAUGACGCGACGGUCCAAAGAAUUGUGAAGAACGCUAAGCUUCCGGGAGAAAUAAUACUCAAUAAAUCGGCCCCGGAGGCUGACGCGGGCUGUUCUCUACUCAGACCGGACAUUGUCAUUAGGGAUGAGCGAUCUAAGACUGUAACGAUAAUUGAUGUCGCAAUCCCUUUUGAGAAUGGUCUGGAUGCAUUUCGUGUGGCCAAGGAGCAUAAGCUUCAAAAAUAUCAGCCCAUAGCCGAUUCCCUUCAGGAAAAAGGCUAUAAAGUGUACCUAAAGGCCUUUAUUCUAGGUGCACUAGGUACUUGGGACCGAGAUAACUGGGCUGUUAUCAAACACCUGCCAAUCGGUAAGCGAUAUGCAGGGCUGAUGAUGAAACUUAUGGUCUUUGACACAAUCAGGUGGUCGAGAGAUAUAUACGUCGAACACGUUUCUGGUCAACGACAGUAUAGUUGA